CUCCUUUGCGUUAUAAGAGCGACACAGUCAGAAUGAUGCUUCAUCUACAGCGCAACUUCAUUAGGAAACCUCAUUGUAACAGGUGAAAGAUGUUUGGAGGAUUUCUACAAAUGCUCAAGAAAAGGAAGGAGUUAAUUCCUUUGAUUGGGUUUGUUGGAUGUGCUGCACUUGGAGCAACAGCAACUUCAAUUUAUUUCUUACUGACCAAACCGGAUGUCAUUUUAAACAAGACCAGAAACCCAGAGCCAUGGGAGACAUUAGAUCCAUCAAAACCACAGAAGCUCAUGACCAUUAACCAGCAGUGGAAACCAGUGGAGGAGCUGGAGCUGGUGAAGAAACUGACCAAAUGAUCUCCUCCGUCUCUCUCUCUUCUAAAUGUCCAUGUUAAUUUAAUCAGGAUGAAGGUUCGGUUAUCUAUGUUGACGGAGUGUUUGCAUGCACUGGAUUGUACUUUAAACAUGCACUGUGCCUUUAACUGUGAAAAAUCACCUGUGUACUGGAUGUAAAAUAAAUUAAUGAUAUGAAUUAUACAUCUGUCUAAAAGAAAGAAA